AUGGCACGAUCCUCCCGCACCUCCCGCAAAACCAAGUCUACUAAGGCCGCUAGUACUACUACUACUACUACUAGUAGUAGUAAUGCCAAGAAGUCGAUCAAGUCUGCCAAGUCUACCAAGACUAUUGUCAAGGCCACCAAGAAGACCAUCAUUGAAAAGCUCCAAAAGCAAACAAAGAAGGAUUCUCCCACCAAGAAACUCAUCUUGAUUGAAGAUGAAAAAGUAGUCAAGACUCCUCCCAUCGAAAGCGACGAGGAUACCAGCAGUGAGGACGAAGAGGAGGACGAGGAAAAGCCCGAAUAUGAUUCUUCUUUUUUUCUCAAAAAGAAGAAGAAGAAGAAGAACAGCCAGUCAAACAGUCAGUCGCCAUCGGCAUCCACCAGCAAUGCCUCGACUGUCUCGAAAUCUCCUCCAUCUCCAUUGCAAGACGCUGCCAGUCGCAGCAACAAAAACCAAACCAAGGAACAAGAACAAGACACUACUACUUCUUCUCGUCCUACUCGUUCCCGUCGCGCUGCCACUCGCAAGACAGUUUCCUAUGCCGACAGUGACGAGGACGAGGGGAAUGAUGAUGGAACCUUGCCCAAGACGAAGGACUACAACAAGUCCAAGCGUACCAACACUACGAAGCUCAAGCGUGUCAACGAAGAGGAACAGGACGACUACGAAGAGAACCUUCCUCCCAAGCGCCGCCGCAAGGCUGCCACUGCUUCUACUGCGGCUGCUGCUGCUGCUGCUGCUGCUGCUGACAACAAGCAGAAGCAGACCAAGGCGGCAGCCCCCAACAAGAAGAAGGCUUCCAAAAAGGGCAAAAAGCUAAAUGCUGCUUCCUUUGUCAGUCCACCUCGCAGCUUGGGCAUCAAGAAACUAUAUUCGCCUCCAUCUUCCAUUCACGAAGUGACCAAGAACAUGUGGCAGGCCAAUGAAGGGGACUGGCGCGUAUCUGGGGCUUUGGAUUACUAA